CCGUCCUGAUCACCCUCCCAUACCCUCACGUCACUCCAAGAUAUUAUCCUCCCAAACCCUCCGCCCAAAUCCUGAAUUCGAGAAUGCGACGCCUCGCCCACCCAGCCUCCCGCCGCCCGGCAGCUCCACGAGGGGCGCUCCCAGUGCUCUCUCCACGGACGCCCCAGGGGUGUUCGACGAAAUGCCUCCUCCGCUUCCCGCGUCACCAGCACUGCCUCGCCGCUCGCCGUUUGCCCAUGCUCACCAGGUGCUCGGCGGAACGCACGCCUUGGGGUUCUGCAGCGCGGCUCGGCAUUCUACGGAUGACCAAGCUGGCGUAGAGCCACCACGGUUCACAGUGGUACCGGGCGACACUGCGGUGAAUGGUCCGGGCACAGGUGCGGGUGUGGGCGUGUCAGAGGCUGCCGAGAGGGUGUGCCGCGUCGUGUCAACCCAGCCAGAAUUGGGAAUUGCGUCAGCGCUUGAUGCGCUCCGGGUGGCCGUGUCGCCAGAGCUUGUGGCCGAGGUGCUAAAAAACCUGAGCAAUGCCGGCAUGCUAGCGCUUGCCUUCUUCAGGUGGGCAGAGAGGCGGGAUGGGUUCAGGUACACGGCCGAGAGCUUCGACAAUCUGAUCGAAGCACUUGGCAAAACCAAGCAGUUCAGGCUGAUGUGGAGCUUGGUGGAGACCAUGCGAUGCAGGUGCUUGCUCUCUAAGGACACGUUCAAGCUUAUUGUCCGGAGGUAUGCCCGGGCGAGGAAGGUCAAGGAGGCUGUGGAGACGUUCGAGAAGAUGAGCAGUUGUGGGCUCAAAACUGAGUUAUCGGAUUACAACUGAUUGAUCGACACAUUAAGCAAAUCCAAACAAGUGAAGAAGGGACACGCCGUCUACAAGAAGAUGAAGAGAAAGGGCAGGUUUGUUCCUGAUUUGAAGACCUACACAGUCCUUAUGGAAGGCUGGGGCCAUGAGAAAGAUCUGUUGAUGGUCAAAACAGUGUACCAAGAAAUGCUGGAUGCAGGCAUUAGACCCGAUGUUGUGGCGUAUGGAAUGCUGAUCAGUACCUUUUGCAAGUCUGGCAAAUGUGAUAAGGCCGUCAAGGUGUUCGCCGCAGUGACCUUCGAAAGUCCAAACCUUAAAUUCCACCAAACCUGUCUCUAGCGUUCACUUCACCGCGAACGGGCUGGACCGCAGCGCAGCAGCCAGCAGGACUGCAGGAGCGUGCCUGCCUGGGCCUGGCUGCACUGCUCGUCAUCUGCGUACCUGACGAAACUGUCAUG